GACAUUGUAUUCAGUGCACUCGUGAGUCUGUCGCGGCUCUCUCGGGUGUGGCGAUAGGAUUAUACAUAUUUUUGUCAACCACAAAAAAGCUGAAGCCUCAACAUGUUUUUAGCGGUAUGCUUGUUCAUAAUUAUUGUCUGCAUCGUCUAUUUCGAGAAAUGUCUGAGACGUAAUGCGAAACUUCCGGAACUGUCUAGAAGGCUACCUUUCAUUGGACAUGCGCACUUGUUUGUUGGCGAUAGCGUUCAUCUGUGGAAAAUAGCUCAGCGGAUAUCAAGGGAGAGUCUUCAGAAUGGCGGACUGGUCACCAUUUCUUUUGGACCGAAGAAAGUUUAUGCUGUGACUGAUCCAGAGGAUAUCAACACCGUGGCUAAUUUGUCUAUAGAAAAAAGUUACAUCUAUGGCUUCUCGAGGCCUUGGUUGGGUGGCGGCCUGUUCACUGCAGAUGUUCUGACAUGGAGAAACAACAGAAGACUUCUGAAUCAAGCCUUUAAGCACACCAUUUUGGAUGGCUUUGUUGACGUUUUCAAUAAUCAAGCCAGGAGUCUGGUGGAUGAACUUGCAGCAGAAGCAGACCUUGAAAAAUUUUAUAUAUUAAAUAAGCUUUCGUUGCAUUCUUUACGUUUGGUGUUUAAAACAAUACUCGGAGUAUCCGAUCAAGAAGUAACUCCUGAAAAAUUCAACAGUUAUUUGGAGACAAAUAAUAUCCUGCAUAAUAUCUUCACAAAGAGGUUUCAAAAGUUCUGGCUGCAUUCCGACAUCGUCUUCAACAGGACAAAGUUGAAGAUCGAACAGGAUUAUGCUGUGGCUGUGCUUCAUGGGGUUAAUGCCAUGGUGCUGCAGAACAGAAAAGAAAUAAGAAGAUUGAAUUUGGAAAAUGGGACGCAGGAUUAUUCGGGAGAACAAAAGCCCUUCAUAGAUCUGCUAAUAGAAAUAGCAGAGGAAAAAGGGCUUUCAGAUAUGGAGGUAAUACACGAGCUCGCCACGUUCAUAGCGGCCGGCCACGACACAGUGCCAUACACGCUUCUCUAUACGCUUAUGUGUGUCGGGUCGCAUCCUCCGGUGCAACAACGAAUUUAUGAGGAGCUACAGCAGGUGCUAGGUUCUGAUGACGUCACGAAACAGAACCUCUCGAGCUUGGUAUACUUGGAGGCGACGAUCAAGGAGACCAUGAGGCUUUAUCCAAUCGCUCCAGUGGUGUCACGGGUCACCGACUGCGAUGUUAAACUUAGAAAUUACACAAUACCAUCAGGGGCCAGUGUCGCUUUGUGCUAUUGGGGUCUCCACCACCACGCUGCGUGGGGCUCCGACGUGGAGCACUUCAAACCUGAACGAUGGUUGGAUCCGACCACGCUACCUGAAAAUGCUUUUGCUGGCUUCAGUACGGGAAAAAGAAAUUGCAUAGGUAAGACCUUCGCCAUGAUGUCUAUGAAGACGACCCUCGCGCAUCUGCUGCGCCAGUACCGGGUGACCGCUGAUAUCACCAGGAUGGAAGCCAAAUUAGAUAUCAUACUUAAGCCCGCAUUCAACCACUGGAUUAGUCUGGAAUGGAGAGAUAAAUUAUAAAUACAUUAUUUUUGGAUUUC